AGGGCCAUGGUUCAUAUCCGAUGGUCGGCUUCGCAGGGCCGGCGGCCGCGCGCAGUACCAUGAUGCUGCAGUGACGCGACCAGGGAUCCCUCGCUCUCCGGCUGCCCUUUUCACACACGUAACCAUUCAAGGUCCAGGAUUGCAGACGGAGAUAGCGCAUUGGAACAACGUGACAGCUUCUCUGACAGGAUUUCUCAACAAGGCAAGGGGCAAAACAGAUGCUGCAAAGCUCUCCCUAGCUGACUUUCUUGCAGGAGGCGGGCAGGAGGCACGAACUUGCUGACUCCACCCUCGCUUUGGUCCAUCUGAGGUAGAGCGCUAUCAAUAGGACGGAAGGCGCAGGGUAUAAAGAUUUUGAACAAAAGCACGUUCAGCUUUGCUUCCACACCUCUCCCACAGCUGCACGACACGAUACCAGGAACAUUAUGGCAGAGCUACCGUCGCGGAAGGUGCACCCUGAGGAUACCUCUGCAGCUGGAGGCGGUGGCGGUGACCCCCCCACACCCGAGCAGAAUCUUUCCCCAGAGGAUGAGAUUCACGCCUGGCUGCGCUACCUCCUUGCGCAGAGCCCUGGCAAGAUGCCGAUGGACGACAUUGGACAGGCAACCUACGAGGGGGGGGUGGCAGAGGGGUACCGCCAGUACCUGGAGAAGGUCAGAAACAACAGGCUCGUCAUAACAGCUAGAACGUGGGCCAGCCAGCCUGAGAGCCAGGCUUACAAGGACCGCCAGACUGCCUUCCAAAACAACAUGCUCAAAAAGCUGCGGAAAACUCCCAACAAUCUCUAUAAGGCGUAUGCAGCCGGCCCCUUCGAGGACAUGCUGCCAGGUGAGAGAGCUCCGAGGGGGAUCCUUUCGCCAGCCGAGGUAGCCGAUCGGAUUAGAGAGUCAAAUACUUGAGGGCGUAGUUAGGACGCAUAUGGCGAUACACGUGUGAAGUCCUUGCUGGUCUUGAGGCCGAGUGUACACAGAGGCAAUGCAUAUUAUAUAGUCAAGGGAUCUUCGCGCUUGGGGUAAGGCUGUGGCCACGCGUUGUCAGGGUGUGUGUGUUUUGGAAUCACCUAAUCGUAGUUGUGGAUCAUCGUUGCGGCGGAUCAUCAUGAUUGGGCGUACAGCGUACUGGUACAUGUUGCUCUUUGACAAUUCCGACGACAUUUUGAUGUGACCCAAUGACUGACCAAAAGCCUUGGCUUAUCAUUGAAGACUCA